AUGGAUGGAUGGGAGAAUGAGGACCGUCUUAGAGAGCUGGUCGGCUCUUCUGCCUUCUGCAGCUCCGGAGACCCGCGCGCGCCUAACCCCGGGCGGCCAGCUGUCCGGGGCUCCCCAGCCUGUCUCCCGCGGACCUCGCAGGACGCUUCCACGCUCGGCGCCCCCCGUCCCGUCCGCACCCGGCGGAGCCCGGCCCGCGUGCCCGAGUUAGUGGCGGGUCGCCCGGAGCGUUGGCGGAGCCGGGGCGCCUGCAGGGAAGUCGGGUCCCCCCGACCGGCUCUGUGUUGCCGUGUCAGUGAGCGGGACCUGCACUUUGGGGGAGCCCAGGUCCCCCUCUGCACCCACACAACGCUCACUCCCCCUUCCUCACCCAGGGACCGCGAGGGCUGCGCAGCCGGGAGCCGGCGCUGGGAGACGGGGCCUUCAGAGACCUCAAGUCCCUGUGCCUCACACCCAUGUGCUCCAGGGACUGAGUGCCAGGCUAUGGAGAAUGGAAGCUACACCUGUGCACUCACAGAAUCCAGGGGCUGUGCCACUCAGCCAUGCCACCACGGCGCUCUGUGUGUGCCCCAGGGUCCUGAUCCUAGCGACUUCCGCUGCUACUGCGUGCCGGGUUUCCAGGGUCAGCACUGUGAGCUGGACAUCGAUGAGUGCGCAUCCCGGCCCUGCCACCAUGGGGCCACCUGCCACAACCUGGCCGAUCGCUAUGAAUGCCACUGCCCCCUCGGCUAUGCAGGCGUGACCUGCGCGGAGGAGGUGGACGAGUGCGCGUCGGCGCCCUGCCUGCACGGGGGCUCGUGCCUGGACGGCGUCGGCUCCUACCGCUGCGUGUGCGCGCCGGGCUACGCGGGUGCCAGCUGCCAGCUGGACGUCGACGAGUGCCAGAGCCAGCCGUGCGCCCACGGGGGCGUCUGCCACGACCUGGUCAAUGGGUUCCGGUGCGACUGCGCUGACACGGGCUACGAGGGCGUGCGCUGCGAGCAGGAGGUACUGGAGUGUGCAUCGGCGCCCUGCGCGCACAACGCGACCUGCCUCGACGGCCUCGGGAGCUUCCGCUGCCUCUGCUGGCCUGGCUUCAGCGGCGAGCGGUGCGAGGUGGACGAGGACGAGUGCGCGCCGGGCCCCUGCCGCCACGGGGGCCGGUGCCUGCAGCGCUCCGACCCCGCGCUCUACCAGCCCGGGGCCUUCGACUUCCGCCGCGCGGCUGGCUUCUGGUGCCGCUGCCCGGCCGGCUUUGAGGGGGAAGACUGCGGCGUGGACGUGGACGAGUGCGCCUCAAGGCCCUGUCUCCACGGAGGCCGCUGCCAGGACCUGCCCAAUGGCUUCCAGUGCCACUGUCCAGCCGGCUACGCAGGUCUGGCAUGUCAGGAAGAUGUGGAUGAGUGCCUGUCAGAGCCCUGCCUGCAUGGAGGAACCUGUGAUGACAAAGUGGCGGGCUACGUCUGCCGGUGCCCAGAGGCCUGGGGUGGGCACGACUGCUCUGUGCAGCUCACUGGCUGCCAGGGCCACGCCUGUCCUCCAGCUGCUACCUGCAUCCCCACCUUCGAGUCCGGGGUCCAUGGUUAUGCCUGCCGCUGUCCACCUGGCUCCCAUGGCCCUUCCUGUGGCCACAAUACCACCUUCUCUGUCAUGGCUGAGAGCCCUGUGCGGGCAUCGGUGCCAGCCGGUGGCCCCCUGGGCCUGGCACUGAGGUUUCGCACCACCCUGUCUGCUGGCAUCCUGGCUACUCUCACUGACACCCAGGACAGCUUGGAGCUGGCCCUGGUGGGGGCCACACUUCAAGCCAUGCUCUGGAGCCGUGGUGGCAACCCCCUUGUCCUGAGACUGCCAGGCCGGACCCUCAGUGAUGGCCACUGGCACCGGGUGGAGGUGGAACUCCGCCUGGGGAUCCUGGACCUCCGGCUCUGGCAUGAGGACUGUCCCGCCCAGCUCUGCGUGGCUUCUGGUCCCGUGGCCCCUGUGUCGUCAGUGGCCCCUGGGCCUGCUGGGCCUUGUGCCGUCCAGCUGGGGGGCUCUGCCUUUGCAGGCUGUCUCCAGGAUGUAUGGGUGGACGGGCACUUGCUGCUGCCCGAAGACCUGGGCGUGGAUGUCCACCGGGGCUGUGAGCGCCAGGAGCAGUGCCAGCCCCCGCCCUGCGCCCACGGCGGGACCUGUGAGGACCUGUGGACGCGCUUCCGCUGCGCCUGCCCGCGGCCCUACGGCGGCCCCACGUGUGCUGCCGAGAGUCCUGCCGCCACCUUUGGCUUGGGGGGCGCCUCGAGCUCUGCCUCCUUUCUGCUCCCUGAGUGGCCAGGCCCCAACCUCACCGUGUCCUUCCUCGUCCGGACGCGCGAGCCCGCUGGCCUGCUGCUUCAGUUUGCCAACGACUCGGCGGCUGGCCUGACGAUCUUCCUGCGGGAGGGCCAGGUCCGGGCCGUGGUGCGUGGUGGCCCUGCGGUGGUGCUCCCUGGGCGCCGGGAUGACGGGCUCCAGCACCUGGUGACGCUCGGCUUUGGGCCCGAGCAGCUGCAGGACCUGGGGCAGCAGGUGCACGUGGGUGGGAGACCCGAGCCUGCCGACACCCGGCCCUGGGGUGGGCCCUUCCGAGGCUGCCUCCAGGACCUGCGGCUGAACGGCCUCCACCUCCCCUUCUUUCCUCGGCCGAUGGAGAACUCCAGCCAGCCUGCGGCACCCCGAGGGCCUGGCGAGCUGGAUGCCAGCCAGGCCUGGAACCUCACCCGGGGCUGCGUCUCUGAGGACACGUGCAGUCCAGACCCCUGUCUCAACGGUGGGACUUGCCUCGUCACCUGGAAUGACUUCAACUGCACCUGUCCCGACAACUUCACGGGGCCCACUUGCGCCCAACAGCGGUGGUGCCCUAGCCAGCCCUGCCUCCCACCUGCCACCUGUGAAGAGGUCCCAGACGGCUUUGUCUGUGUGGCGGAGGCCACGUUCCGCGAGGGUCCCCCGGUGGAGUUCCGCGGGCACAACGCCUCGGCGGGGCGCUGGCUGGGCGGCGGGCUGUCGCUGGCCUUCCGCACGCGGGACGCGGACGCGGGGCUGCUGCGCGCGGACGCGGGGGCCGGGGCCGGCGUCUGGCUGGCGGUGCGCAACGGCUCGCUGGUGGCCCGCGUGCGCCGCGGCGGCGGGGCGGGCGCCGCGCUCCCCGCGCCCGGGCCGCGCGUGGCCGACGGCGCCUGGCACCGCGUGCGCCUGGCCGCGGCCGCCGAGCGCUGGCUGCUGUGGCUGGACGGCGCGGCCUCGCCCGUGGCGCUGCGCCCGGAGGGCGACCCGGGCUUCCCGCCGGGCCCGGGCGCCGCGCGCGUCCUGCUGGCCGAGAACUUCACGGGCUGCCUGGGCCGCGUGGCGCUCGGCGGUCUCCCGCUGCCCCUGGCGCGGCCGCGGCCCGGCGCGGCCCCCGCUCCCCCGGAACAACACUUCGAGGCCUGGCCCCCGGCGCCCGCCCCCGCCCUGGGCUGCAGCGGGGCCCCGGUGUGCGCGCCAUCGCCCUGCGCGCAUGGUGGCGCCUGCCGCGACCUCUUCGACGCCUUCGCCUGCGCCUGCGCCCCGGGCUGGGAGGGGCCGCGCUGCCAGACCCGCGCCGACCCGUGUCGCGCCAGGCCCUGCGCCCAUGGGCGCUGUCGGGCGCGCCCGGACGGUCGCUUCGAGUGCCGCUGCCAGCCUGGCUUCGCCGGCCCGCGCUGCAGGCUGCCGGUCCUGCCGGAGGAGUGCAGCCUCAACGCCACCUGCCCGGACGGCGUCCUCUGUGAGGCCGCGACGCAGGGCACCAACUGCAGCUGCCUUGAGGCGCUUGCUGGCCGCAGGUGUCAGAGGCCAGCCCUGGCCUGCAAAGCCAACCCCUGCUUGAAUGGGGGCACCUGCCGGGCCUCCGGUGGGGCCUAUGAAUGCUCCUGCCGCAUCGGCUUUUCUGGCCAGUUCUGUGAGGUCGUGAAGGGCCUGCCCCUGCCGCUGCCGUUCCCACUGCUGGAGGUGGCCGUGCCCGCGGCCUGCGCCUGUCUCCUCCUCCUCCUCCUCGGCCUCCUGUCUGGGAUCCUGGCUGCCAGAAAACGCCGCCAGUCAGAAGGCACCUACAGCCCCAGCCAGCAGGAGGUGGCUGGAGCCCGGCUGGAGAUGGACAGUGUCCUCAAGGUGCCCCCUGAGGAGAGGCUUAUUUAGGCCAGCCUGGUUACCCACGCUAUCCCUGAAGUCCUGUAGGAGAUCAACUUACCUGGAAACCCAAGGAGGUCACUUUUAGGGCCUGGGGCACCACUGGGAGUGGUCGGCGGUCCCUGCCUUUGCCCCCUGGCGGGCCUGAGGGAAAGUGGCAUCUCCGGGAAGAGGGCCCAUGAGGCUGUGGAACUCUCCAACCUGCUGGCCUUUGCCAUGGCAGGUGUGCUGCUGUGCAUGGAGGACACACGUGGGUGCACGUGGUGUGUCAGGAGAGCAAGUUAUGGAGCUUGCUGGGAGAAGGACAGGUGAUCUCAUGGGGAGGUGGCUUGUCCACAACUACAGCCAACUGGACAACUGUAGGACAGGGCCAGCCCAAGGCCGCACGUGCACCAGCAGGCCAGACCAGCGCUUACCCAAGCUCCGAGGCUUCUGGCAUCUUCUGCCACCUCCCAGGGCAAGCCCAUGCCCUAGAGACCGCUGGGAGGUGGGGUUGGCAGAGGAGGAUUCUUGGAGGCCGUGUGGGCCUCUGGCUUCUUCAGGCAGACGUCUCUGCUCAUCUCACCUCAUGUCUGCCCAGGCCAGCCCCGUAGGAGCCGAGAACUGGCUGCCAUGGUCAUUAGCAGGUGAAGAAGACCCUCUGCCUACCUCAUGGGCAGCUACAAGGCUCAGAGAAGCUGACAGCCAAGUUCAGAAGCCAUUCAACUAUGUUCUGACAUGAAGGAUCUGGGUGUCCUUGAGGGUCAUGGCUGAUGGGGGGGGGUCCUUGGAGCCAGCCAGAGGCCAGAAGGGCAGGAGGAUGAGUAGCCCUUCCGCCUCCCCACCGAGAGGCCUUCAGACCUCCAGCUGCCCCCUUACCUGUACACUGGAAAGAACUUGACAGAAGCCCUUGGGUCAUCCUUCCAUGGCUAGGCCUGUUAUUUGCUCCUGUGACUUCGGGUUCUAGAGGCAUCUGCCUGGGGGCCUGGAUUCCUUCAGGCUUCAGGGGGGCCUUCUCUCGGACCUGAAGAUGUGCCCUCCUGCCCUGGCUUUCUAGGCCAACAUCGGACUGGAAUCCAGGUGGCAAGGCCAGCAGAGCCUUGAACCCUUGACACCUGGAUGUUCACUUUCUCUGGCACCGUGGUCUUCAGUCACCUCUAGAGGACACAGUUCAUGGUGCGGGGGCUCAGUGGGGCUAGGAGAGGGGCCUUGAACACUAGUCCAUGGGGUUUUCUGGGUCCUGUUCUGUUAGAGGGAGGCCUAUCUGGCCCCCAGUUUCUCACAACUCCUGGGGCCAGCAGUAAACUGGUUUCUGGAGUCAGGGAUAUGGCCAAAUAUGGCCAGAUAUGGUCUGUGCAAGCUGCAGACCUCUAAGAAGGGGCAUUUUCUGUGGCUCUCCUACAUAUUGUCAAGGGAUUUGGAUUUAGCUUCGGUCCCUGAGUGGCUGCUCUUGAGCUCUCCUCCAUCCAGGAGUGUUCAUCUUGGGGGUACGCUGGGGUGGGAUCUUUCCCCUGGCUACGGCUCUGCAGACCGGUGAGGAUGGCCGAGUGCCCACUCUGGGCUUUCCUGCCUCCCAACUCCCUGAAAGAGACAAGGAUGCCAGCCUCUUCCCCAGGAAGGUUUUAUUGAACGCACAUACGAAGUUCUUCCUUGGGUUUGCAAAUUCUACCCAAUGAUCGACGAGAUUGGUGGUGCGCAGGGGGAGUGGCCAUGAGCUUGCAGCUGGCGGGGCUGUGGGAUGUGCGUUGUUUCUCUGAUCCAAGCAGGAGCACCUUGCCUCUGCCUCUGCCCCCGAGGCUGCCCUGUUCUGGCAGGGCCUGGAGGUCUGCCCAGGACAGGGGAGUGGAACUGGAACCUGUGCUGCACAGCUGAGUACCCAGGAGAGACUGGGCUCCCCAUCAGCCAAGGGCCCCGAGACAGGACAGGAUUGUGCUGGCGUCAUGGUUGACCCCAGAAGCCUCAGAGAUCCAUGUGCAGUGAUGGCAGCUUCCGAGCCUCUGAGACAUAGAGGAGGCUCCCUGGGGGACAGGGGCCUCCAGAGACCCCCCUGUCCCCGCCAGACACCCCAGGGUAGACAGUGUCUGACCUGUUCACAAAUAGGAAAUGAGAAUUCAGGUGAAAAUGUUCACAAUUUCCUGCAUGUCUCAGAUGGUUGUUUUCUUAAACGUUGAGGCCGUGUUUUAACUUGG